AUGUUGAGAAACUUUCGUCGUCCGAUCGGAACCGGUACUCUUUGCAAUUUGUCAAAAUGGGACGAAAACGGCGUGACUAUCGCCGAUAGUCUACAGAGUCCACGUGAUUUAUUUAUUGACGGCGAAUAUCUCUAUGCAUCAGAGACAGGCCAAGAUCGCCUGAUCAGGUAUCAUUUACGUACUCUGGAAAAACGUGUUAUAUUUGCUGGUGUAACUGCACAUGCCAUUGCAUUGAAUCAAGAAGAACAAGCGAUUUACUUUUCACGCGAAUUAGACAAUCAAGAACUUAUCGAACGUAUUGCCAAGGACGGACAGGGUGAAUCAACUACAAUCAUUCCUCGUGGCAAUGUUGAAAUUACCUUCAGUUUGGCCUCUAUAAAAGACAGUUUAUAUAUAUGCGAUAGAAAUAAACAUCGUAUUGUUUUAUGGUCGAAUGUUACAAAGAAUAUCACUACAAUUGCUGGCGUUAGUGGUAUGGGCUCCAAUGCGGAUCAACUUCGAUCACCAGAAGGUAUUUUCGUCGAUAUGGAUGGCAAUUUCUAUGUUGCUGAUACCCUCAAUCACCGAAUCCAAUUUUGGCAAAAUAAGGCGACAAGUGCGACGACUGUUGCUGGAAACUCAGAUUCCAGCCCUGGAAACAAUUUGAACGAAUUACAUCGACCAAAAGCGAUUUUCAUUACGAAUGGAACGAUGUUCAUCGCUGACAGUUAUAAUCAUCGAAUUGUCAAAUGGAGAAUUGGCGACAUGCAAGGUUCUGUAAUUGUUGGGAAUGCCACUACUGCAGCUGGAAAUAAUUCGAAUCAGCUAAGUGAUCCAACAAGUUUAAAACUUGAUUCUCACGGAAACCUUUUAGCACCCAAUCGCAAUGAAACUUCCAUCAUGACACCACCUUCAGGUGAGAAUGCAUUUACAACAUUAACAACAACCCUUUCAUCGAUCAAUCCGUUGAAUCAAACCAAUAUAAGCAACAUCGACGAAUGGCUUUUACUCGACUCCAACAACGGUUUCAUUCGUUUAUACGAUCCCAACGAUGCUUCAUCGUCGUAUCCACGUUCAAAACUUGUUCCAUGCACCAUGUGGACAACUAUUGAACAGAUCUGUUCAAGAUUGAACAAUGAUUUGGAUCCUCGAACAUGGUACGUGCAAUAUCAUGGCGAUCGAAUUCAACAUUUACGUCCCGAUGAAAAACCACUGUUCAUUCAACAUAAUUAUCUUUUAUCGAUUGGAUUUUCCAGCAUUCAACGUUUGCAACAAGAAGGUGAUAAACACGAUCUUGGUUAUUUGAUACGCUUCCUUUCCGAUCGAUUGAUCAUUGAUCCAAAAAUUCAACCUCGAAGUUUAUCAACAUUAGCUUGGAUUCGAAAAGGCAAACUAAUACGAAAAUGGACGAAACGAAAAUGUGUCAUAUCAACUAGUCGGCUAACAGUCUAUCCUGAUGCAAAUACAAAUCCAUAUGUGAUAGAACUUCAACGUGCAAGUGUCGAAGAAGUUCGAUCGAAAGAUAAACCUUUUUGUUUGAAACUGAUCGUUGAUGAUGGUAAAAGUGAAGUUUUGUAUAUGGCUUUAAAUAAUGAUGAAGAAUACAGUAGAUGGCUGAAACGCUUACGAAAAACAACGAACAAAUUACCGGAUAUUGCUGAUUAUUCCUCAAGUCAUUUAGAGUUGAUUCCGAAGAAUCUAUUUAUCAACUCAAAAUUAGUUGUACUCAAUUUACGUCAUAACAAUUUACUCAUGCGGCCAGCCGAUGAGGUCGUUUUCACUGUUGGUUGGCUAGACGAUCUAACACGUUUUCAAUACUUAACAAGUCUCAAUCUCGCUGAUAAUGAUCUGAAAAUCUUUCCGAUCGUCAUCUGUCAUCUUCCUCGUUUGAUCGAUCUCAAUCUUGCAAGUAAUGGAAUCGAUUGCAUUCCAAGUGAUAUCGAAAAACUACAAAGUAUGGAAAUUCUGAACUUGCAGAGCAAUCGUUUGUCGAUUUUACCAACUGAAAUUGAAAAUCUUAAACGUCUACGUGAUUUCUACUUGGAUUUCAAUCUGUUCAAAGAUAUUCCGACGUCGUUAACACGUUUAACCAAUGUGCGGUACUCGGACAUAACGAAUAUAUGUUUAGCCGGAAAUCAUAUUCGAAAAUUCGCAGCCGAAUCUGCUCAAUUUCUCGAGCAUUGCCGUCAAUUGGAUUUACGUAUGAAUCAAUUAAAACUGGAUGAAAAUGAUUUUAUAUUAUUGAAUCGACUAACACAUCUAACACAUCUGGAUCUCUCACAUAAUUAUCGUAUUAACGAGUUGGAUCUACGUUCUUUAUCGACCCUUCAGCAUCUGAAUUGUUCGUACAAUAAUACAUUUCGGUUGAUUUUGAAUGGACACUCGUUAAUACAACUGAAUGCUUCACAUAAUAAAUUGAAACAUAUUGAUGUUAUCACCGCUCCAUUGAACUUAACGGAACUUGAUAUAAGCUCAAAUGAAUUUCAAAUUCUCCCAGAUUGGUUAAAUGAAGAAAACUCAUCACUGAAACGAUUAAUUGCUGAUCAUAAUCGUCUCAAUAUUCUUCCUGCCAAAUUCUUUACCUCGAACAAACGUCUCCAAUACGUUCGAUUGAAUCACAAUCGUUUAUUACAUCUUCCCGAACGUAUAAUCAAUUCAAACAUCGAAACCUUACUACUUCAUUCCAAUCGUCUCGAACAUCUUCCAGUCAAUCUACUAAAAAACCUUCAUCGAUUGAAAAUUUUAAAUUUAACUCAAAAUCAGUUAAUCUCAUUACCAUUACCGAACGAUCGGGCCGAUCUCAAUCGUUUACAAGAACUCUAUCUCUCGUGCAAUGAACUCGAUGACGAUGUCUUCGCAUUGAUCUCCCGAUACGAACGAUUAAAAGUUUUACAUUUAGCAUACAAUCGUCUUGAACAAAUCGAUGAUGUGGCUUUGAAAAAGUUGGUCUCGUUGACGGAUUUGAAUUUAUCCGGAAAUAACAUUCAAGUCUUACCUCAAACAGUAGUAUUGGAUUUGAGUUUUAAUGAAAUUGAUUCCGCGUCUAUUGAUAACCUGUUUCCGACAUCGCUGACAAUCUUAGACCUAUCGGGAAAUCAAGCAAUUAAUAUUCAAAGAGAUAGUUUGAAAUCAUUGAGUCAAAAAACUGUUUCCUUAAUCAAUAUUUCUGGUUUAUCCGAUGUUUCGCAUGACACCUCAUUAUGGUCCGUUGGUUUCGCACAGAGUUCUGGCAUUCGAAAUCGAUUAGCAAUAACUACUGUCAAUGAAGCCUCGUUUAACUACUCUCCUACCGAUGCUCUGUUUGCCAUGUUCGAUGGUGGAUUAAACAAUGAAGUACCAUCAAUUCUCAAACAUAAAUUACCCGAUAUUCUUAAGUCUGAAUACGAACAAUGUGAUCAAGCGAAUGUCUAUCUUAAACAUACGUUCUUAACUUUGCAAAAACGAUUGAAAACGACUGGACAGCGUCUAGGUGCUGCAUCGACUGUUGUUCAUAUUCGUAGUUUAUUGCCCACAAGUGUCGCCAAUGCGAAUCUUUAUUCUUCAACAACGACAACAUCAUCAUCAUCGUCGCAAACUGAAAAUCACUUUCGUUUUGAAUUGAAUGCCGCAAAUGUCGGUCACUGUGAAGCAAUACUUUGUCGUUCAUCAAUGAUUCAUCCUCUAACACGUCGUUUUACCAUUCCACAUGAUGAAAGCGAAUGUAAACGUAUUCGAAAAACACCGAGUGUGAUUAUCAAUGAAGACAAUGCAUUAAAUGCAAUUACAUCUCAAACAAGAAUGUUAGGGUGUUCAUUUCUCUAUCCUGCUGUCAUACCAACACCACAUAUAUCAUCGUUUAUGCUGAGUAAAAACGAUGAAUUCUUCAUCGUUGCGAAUAAUUUAUUGUGGCAGCAUCUUUCUCAUGAAGAAGCGGUACGAAUGGUUCGCUCGAUACAGAACCCUGUUUUGGCAUCGAAAAAGCUCGUAGAUAUCGCGCAAAGUUAUGGAGCAAGAGAAAACUUAGCUGUGUUAAUUGUGAAAUUUAACUUCCAAAAAAAGACUCAACACGUGACAAAUCCUCCUCCCCCUCCUCCUCCUCAUCCUCAUCAACAACAACCGCGAUUACCUCGACAAGAAACUUAUUCGGAAAAUACAAACAGUUCAGGCGAAUAUUCACCAGUGGCAAGUCCUCUGGUACCAAUGUUAGAUUCUACAGGUUAUUUAAGUGUUGGUGAACUGAGUGGGGCUGACGAAGAUGAUUCGAAUGAAGAUCUUCAAUCAACAUACAUAUCAACUAGACCUAUUCAAAACUAUCUCUUUCAUUUAUCAGAUCAAGCAUCAUCAUCGAGUGAUGCACCAGCGACAUUGAAUGAUUCAAUACAAAAUCGCCUUCUGUCACGUAGUGGACGAACUUCCCUACUAGCAGCGUCGAUGAUUGACACAUCUGCGUUGGCUGAUCGAAAAAAUGAGAAGAUCUUUCAAUCUGACACAGGUUUAUUCAAUUUUCCAGCAUCAAAUGCAGAGCCAAUACGAACAAUACCAAGUGAUUUAACAAUUGUUAGCGAAAUUCUUCCAUCAUCACCACCACCCACCGUUGUAACAAAAACCAAACGGGUAAAAAAUCCAUCAUUAAGUGGCGAUUGUCCCUCACCUCCUCGACCUGGCCGAUACCGUAAAAAACUAGCCCCUCCAGCUCGCCCACCAUUGGGUUAUUCAAAACCACCUCGUACGAAUCUUUCCAGUAAUAGUGAUAUUUCCAAUGACGGACACGAUUUCGAUUAUUCUCCAGCAUAUCCAGCUGGCCUACGCCCUGUCGCUGAUGCUGUCUUAUCGAUUUCAUCGAGUGACGACGAUGAUGACGAUAAUGAUGAUGAUGAUUUUUCUUAUGUUGUUGAUCAGAUCAGCUUAACAUCAACAAAUACGAAUACCGAUUGUCAACCAAUUCAACAACAAAGUGAUUUUAAUUUCUUCGUUCGACGACAUUAUCCAUCGACGUCAUCAACAACACAUUCCGCUGUCAAUAGUACGCUCACAUCAUCAUCGGUAACAACGAAUAAUGCUUGUCAAGUAACCAUACUUCCCAAUAAAAUCACACGACUAUAA